ACCCAGCGUUGUCUGAUCGUAGUGUUGUUGUGUGUCGCUCAGUUUUUUUGGAGGAUUUUUCUGUUUCUUCUGGAGCCAAAAUAUGGCGUCGGAUGGCAAUGAGUACUUUUCGGUCGGAAGUCUAGUUUCGUGCAAAACAUGCCAUAAUCAAGUAAUUGAAGGUGAAGUGCUUGCCUUUGAUCAACCUACCAAAAUGCUGAUUCUCAAAUCACCUUCUUCGUGUGGGAGAUCCUCUGUCAACGAUGCACAUGUUGUAAAUCUUGGACAAGUGAGUGAUGUCCAAGUAAAGAGAGAAGCAACUUCCUCUCCACCCCCCCAUCCAGUUCAAAAUGUUGAAAGGCUAAAAAAAAGGGUGCGUCUGGAGGUGGAAAGAAAGCAACAUAUGAUAACUGCCCUGGAGUCUGGUGUUUCUCCCGAAGGGCUUAAGCUGUUCAGUGCUGUCAAACGAACGAUCGAUGAUGUAGCGUGGGAAGGAAAAAACAUUCGAGUCAUGAAUGAAGUGACAAUUACCCCUCCGUAUCAUCCAGAAAAUGUCCAGGGCAAUAUGGAAAAGGCUGUGAACCAUGUUAGGAAAAUUGUUGAAAAGUAUAUGAAAGAUCAUUCAGAUACAAAAGGCUCCAGCACCGAAAACAGUAAUACAGUAGUUUCUCCGUGAAUUAAGGCAAAACUUGGCCCCACUUUUUCACGACGACCAGUACCAUUUUCUACAUCCUGCUUCACCAUCUUCUCAAACUCUAGAUAAUAAAUAAAUACAACUCCAAUUAAGCAAAGAGAGAAUGCUGGUUCUUCACAGCUGUAAAAUACGUCCCGAUAAAAGAGACUUGAUGAUUUUCGGAGCGUGUAGUGGCGUAUGAAAUGGCGAGAUGAUAUACAAUGAUAACUUCUUGUUUA